UCAAAAAGUUCUCCAUAUCAAUACCAUUCCUUUCCACGAAUUUGCCGAAAGUGAUGUUUUUUCGUAGAGCAUUUCAUUAACUAAAUAUUGACACGUCCAACUUUAUUUAACCACUACAGAUGAGGAUCGAGAUUUGUUGAUCCUGGGAGAAGGAAGUUAUGCCUUUUCAAAAUACCCAAUUCGUAGAAAAUCACUAGUAAACAAACUGUUUUCUAAAAAACACGUCUACGCCCCAGGUUAUAUAAAUGAUCAUUUCACCUAAUAACUCAUUCGUUUCCUUGUUAGAGGGAGUAGAUGCAGGGCUCGGACUGGAUUCCUAUCGAGGUUUAGUGACGACAAAAUGGUAUGCCGUAAUAUUUGCUUCGUUGCGUUAGUGAUAAUUGGUGUUACAUACCAAUGCGAAGGGUGGUUUUUCAGGAAGAGAAGAUAUUACGAUGUUUCUGCGAGUGGCAGGUUUACAUGUGGCGGAACGCCCAUAGCGGACGCCCGUGUUUACAUCAAAGAUAGAGAAUUGGUUGGCAUUUACGGAAAAACCAUCGCUUCAGGAUGGACUGAUGCAAACGGAGGAUUUUCCCUGUCUGGUCGAGGUAGAGAUGUAUUUGAUGGGAAGCCGGAUGUGUAUGUUCAGUUAGACUACAAUUAUCAAGACAAAAUGAUGGUAAAGGAUCGGAUUUCCUCUACCCGUCGCUACAAAUCUAGCUGGAAGAAGAAUUUUAGCGGAGCGUUCAACAUUGGUACCGUGAAUUUAAACGAUGAGCAUUGCAAGGCUUACAACCAUUUUAGGAAUGCUGUUCGGGAUUUCAUCAGUCGGGCUGGGCGACCCCUACCACGCAGUAGCGUUUAUGUUGUGACGAACGCCUUGAUCCAUGGCGGUACGCCUUGGGCUAUGACGCAAAGAAUUCGAAUUCCAAGUGGGUACAGUCUGACUGGCAACACCGCAAAGCACGAAUUGGCGCAUAUUGCACGGCAUACGUUGGAUGGCUCUGCCGCACAUUUCUUGGUCGACGUGGCUAGAUACGGGUAUGCUCGUAACCAUAACUUGUAUAUGUCGACAAACGAAGGAUUCGCUUUCAAUGAGGGCUGGGCAGAAUACUGGGCAGGCGAUUGCAGUUACACCUCAGGAGACGGAACGGACAUGAAGAUUGAAGGCAACGUAGCGGCGGCGCUUUGUAAACUUGCCAAAUGCAAAGGACAUCCAGCGAUGUGGAAAACUCUUGAAGCAAAUAGAGGUCGCAUCCACAGUUACAACGAUUUCGUACAAAGGAUGGGAAACUGUUAGAUACAGUUACAUGUUCGAUAAUUGUAUAGAUUGAUAAAACUAUGACUUACCUAUAAUUGAUACAUGGCUGUACGUGUAGCCAUCCUAUUUGUUUGGAAGAACGAGAUCUACAAUUUCUGAACAACUGUACAUCUCUCGAGGUUAAAAUGAUGUUUCCCAAUGUGUGUCUAUUCUAUAGUGUAACCAGGAUGGGGCAGACGCCCUCGUAUUUUAAUAGUAUUUUAUAAGUAUGAUUUCCGAUGAUUGGUUUACAUUCAUAUUUCUGACAGAGUACAUAGCCGCCAUUUUGGAAUCUGAAUAAUGAAAAUGUUGUAGCGUAGCCGAUUCAGGAUGGGGCAAACAAGUUUUUUGCUUUUUAACUGGUUUGGCAAUAUUUUCCGCCUCGUCUCUUUUUUCCCGGUUAUUUGUAAAUAAUUUGCAGGAACAGCACGAGAUCCGGGAAUGGAGUUAUAAAAAAGUUUAGAAUCAGACACGUUUCUUCUCAUUUACAUAAAAGCAAUACACAAUAACGCAAUGAUAACUAAAUAUUGAUGCAUCUAGUACGCUUUUAUUUUUUAUAUGCUACAGUAUGUAUCUACACAUGUAU